CUAUUUUCUAUUUCCCAGAAAAAGAAACAAAAUAGAAAACUACAAUUCCCAAAAAUUAAAUAAAUAAAAUAAAAUAAUUUCCGCCAUGAGAGCUCUCCAAGCUUCCACAUCUUACAGCAUCAGCAGCUUCGGCAUUUCAUCCGCCGCUCCGUCGCCGCCCUCGCGCCGCCGCCACGUCGUCUUCUCCAAAGCUGAACCAACGGAGAAAUCGGUUGAAAUAAUGAGGAAGUUUUCCGAGCAGUAUGCCCGGAGGUCCGAUACCUAUUUCUGUGUCGAUAAAGGUGUCACAUCUGUUGUUAUCAAGGGAUUAGCGGAACACAAGGAUACGUUGGGUGCACCCCUCUGCCCUUGUAGGCACUACGACGAUAAAGCUGCUGAGGCACAACAGGGCUUUUGGAAUUGUCCCUGUGUUCCUAUGAGAGAAAGGAAAGAGUGCCACUGCAUGCUUUUUCUAACACCUGAGAACGAUUUUGCUGGCCAGGACCAGACCAUUACGUUGGAAGAGAUUAGAGAAACCACGUCGAAUAUGUGAUGGAUUUUGCCUCUAAGUGAAACAACAACCAAUGUACGUAAAUCUGUAUUACUGUCGAGACCAAUGUACGUAAAUCUGUAUUACUGUCGAGAAAAAAAUAUAUUGUAACUUUUGUUGUUACAGAUACCAUUAAUCAAUUAAUUUUCCCUUGCAUUUAUCUGAUAC